GCCAAAAGAUAGUGUAUCCGAUUAGUAGAACAGGCAAGCAUACGUACGAUCAUUGCUUGAUCACAAGUAGUGUUGUCUUCGCACGCAUAUGCAUGCAUCCCACACAUAGAAGCACAUAUAAACAGUGCUCCUUUAUAUAAACCGAGCAUGUCUGGGGGAUACAAUGGACCACCCAUGGGGGGUGGGUAUAACAAGAAUCCCUAUGGUGACUCUCAAAUGCCCUCUGGACCUGGGCAACCGCCUAUGGCGCCAGGUCAAAUGCCCAUGAUGCCAGGGCAAAUGCCUAUGAAUAUGCAGGCGCAACAACAAAUGCAGAUGCAACUACAGAUGCAGCAGAUGCAGCAGAUGCAAAUGCAGAUGCAACAAGGACACAGACCAACAAUGCAACAGGGCCUGAUGCCUUACUACCAACAACAACAAAUGCAACCCCCUGGGACAAACAGGAAUGCAGGGAAUGCUGGUGCACGACCACCAGCGGCGGCGCCGGCGGCACCAGCAGCACCAAGCGCAGCAACGGCCCAGGCUCCAGCUAAGCAAGAAGCAGCGGCUCCGAAGACCAUGCUGAGCACAGACGAGAUGGAGGAGAAAU